GAACUGUCCAUCCUGGACUCUUCCUAAUAGCAACUUGAAAGUACUGGACUGUGAACCAGUUGAAGAUCCAAUCUUCUCUGUACCGAUCUUUAAGGAUGGUGUUGGCUGAGAGUUUUCAUAUGUAGCUUUCAUUAUGUCGAGGUAGGGAUAUUUCAAUUUGGGGGAAUUUUCUCCAGAGCCAAAAGACUCUUCACAGCCAGCACCCUCAAAAUUAGGAGAAGAUAUGAAAUCCCAUAAACUUCAUGGAAAUAGCUUUAAAAAAUAGUAACAAUCAUUUGACUGGCUCCUGUUUUGGGAACUUCUGGACAUUCUGGUUGCUCAGGACCCGCUGCCAAGUCCAACCAUCCAUCUAUGCAGAUGAAGGCCCAGAUUUUUUUAUUACCCAAAGUCAGGCAGAAUCUCAUCAGCCAGAUUAACCUGCUGUGACCCCAUGGAUUCCAGCCCCACCGCCUCUGAACUGCCACCUGGAUUGGAAUAUUUAAUUCAAAUAGAUCACAUUCUGAUUCAACAGGACCUUGAGUUUGUGGAAGCCAUUUUAGGUUUUGAAACUGCUAACAAAUACAAAAUCAAGAACAAACUUGGGCAGAAAGUUUACUAUGCAGUAGAGGAGUCCAGUUUCUGCACACGCAUUUGCUGUGGGGAAUCUAGGUGUUUCUCCAUGAGGAUUCUUGAUAACUUGGGACAUGAAGUUAUAAUUUUGAAACGACCACUAAGAUGUAGCUCUUGUCUCUGUCCCUGCUGCCUCCAGAAGAUGGAGAUGUCCUCAGCCAAAGACCAUCUGUCUGUCUCACAUCACUUUAUGGUCUACUUAUUUCAAAUGUGGCUUUCAAAGCAGAUACCAGGGCACAGAGACUUUAUAGUGAAGAUAGAAGUCCAAAUUCCUCCUGGAGUACCAAUAGGUUAUGUUAUUCAGACUUGGCACCCGUGUGCUCCAAAGUUUACAGUUCAAAAUGAGAAGAAGCAGGCUGUUCUAAAAAUUAUUGGUCCAUGUAUCACAUGCAGCUGUGUAGGAAAUGUUGAUUUUGAGAUCAAAUCUCUGGAUGAAAAAAUUGUGAUUGGCAGGAUUUCCAAGCAUUGGUCUGGUUUUCUGAAGGAGAUACUGACAGAUGUGGACAGUUUUGGGAUCCAGUUCCCGAUGGACCUUGAUGUAAAGAUGAAGGCUGUGAUGCUUGGAGCGUGCUUCCUCAUAGAUUUCAUGUUUUUUGAAACUGGUGGAGGCCAUAGACCAAAACUAUGAUUAUUUUAAUGAAUCGAUGAAUGUGUCCUCAGAAAAUGUGAAGCUGGAACACUGAUUAAGACGAAGAGGAAACAGUGUGGUUUCUUUCAUUGAAAUCACUCAUCUAUCCUUGAAUUAAACUAGGUGGUGCAUAACUCCACUGUCAUAUGA